AUGGGUAUUUGUGAACAGAUUGGACAUGUUUGGAUACAAUUUAUCGUCUUGCUUUGUCUUCUGGGAUGGUCUUCGGCACAGACUGUGUAUUCGGUUACAGAGGAAGUCGAACAAGGUACGUUUGUCGGAAAUAUUGCCAAGGAUAUAAAUCUGAACGUGCAGGACUUGGAAAUGCGGGGACUACAAAUUAUGCAAGGAACAAACAAGAGAUAUUUCGAGGUGAAUUUGAAAACUGGUAUUCUCUAUGUCAAUGAAAUAAUAGACAGAGAGACGCUAUGUCCGAAUUUGGCGAAGUGCUCUUUGAAUAUUGAAGCCGUUUUAGAUAAACCUAUGCAUAUAUACCGCAUUGAAGUGAAUAUUGUAGAUAUAAAUGAUAACGCCCCAUCUUUCCUGGACAAAACAAAUGCAUUUAAUGUCAGUGAAUCUUCAUUUCCUGGUGAGAGAUUUCCUCUUCCGAUUGCUAAUGAUCCCGAUGUGGGCAGUAACUCAGUAAAGACCUACAAGCUGAGUCCGAAUGAACACUUCUCUCUGGAUGUACAGACCGGUGGAAAACAGAGUGUGUCUGCUGAGCUAGUGCUGCAGAAAGCUUUAGACCGAGAGAAGCAGUCUGUGAUUCGGCUCACACUGACUGCUGUUGACGGAGGAAAACCUCCCAGAUCCGGGACAUUGCAGAUUGUUGUUAAUAUAAUCGAUGUGAAUGACAAUGCUCCAGCAUUCAGCAAAUCUCUGUAUAAAGUCCUUGUUUCCGAGAACGUUCCGUAUGGGACACAUAUAAUUACUCUUAAUGCCACAGACCCCGACGAAGGAGUAAACGGCCAGCUUAUGUAUGCCUUAAUAAGACGAGGCAGUGUGAAUCAUCAAGACAUUUUCGCUAUUGAUCCGAAAACUGGAGAAAUCACAGUGAUAGGGCCUUUGGAUUACGAAGAAAACUCGGCAUACGAAAUCCGGGCACAGGCGACGGACCGAGGCCAUUCACCCAGGAGUACUCACUGUAAAGUGUUAGUGGAAGUUGUUGAUGUGAAUGACAACGCCCCGGAAAUAACGGUGACAUCUUUAAUGAGCCCAGUCCAAGAAGACGCUCAAAGGGGGACGGUGGUCGCUCUGAUAACCGUAUCAGAUAAAGAUGAUGGGAAAAAUGGUAUUUUUAAGUGUACUUUAGCGAAUGCGCUUCCGUUUAAAUUGCAGUCUUCCUAUAAGAACUAUUACUCUUUAGUGGUUGACGGGCAACUGGACAGAGAGAGCAGUGCUCAGUAUAAUGUCACCAUUACAGCUACCGACGAAGGGAUUCCGCCUCUCACGAGCACCAGCGUUAUUACCGUACAUGUGUCUGACGUGAAUGAUAACCCACCGCGAUUUGGUGAGCGCAUAAUGAAUAUGUUUGUGAAAGAAAACAGCCCAGUUGGCUCUAUACUUUACGCUGUGUCUGCCGUUGACCCUGAUGUCAGCGACAAUGCAAAGGUUUCGUACUAUAUUUUGGAGAGUUCCCCAUCAUCUGCUGUCAACAUAAACUCUUUCAGUGGAGAAAUAUACAGCCUUCAGGCUUUUAACUUUGAAGAAAUUAAAACGUUUCAGUUUCAAGUGCAGGCCACAGACUCUGGUGUUCCUCCACUAAGCAGCAACGUGAGUGUGAACGUUUUUAUCCUGGAUGAGAAUGACAACAGUCCUGUGGUUCUCCCACCCUAUUCUGGCCAGGGCUCCGUUAAUACUGAGAACAUUCCCUAUUCUGCUGAAGCGGGAUACUUUGUGGCCAAGAUCAGGGCUGUAGACGCAGACUCUGGUUACAAUGCACUGCUUUCUUAUCACAUCACUGAACCCAAGGGAAGCAGCCUCUUCCGAAUCGGAAGCAGCAGCGGGGAAAUAAGGACUAAGAGGCGAAUGAGUGACAAUGACUUGAAGACUCAUCCAUUGGUGGUUUUGAUUUCUGACCACGGAGAACCUUCCCUCUCAGCGACUGUGUCUAUUGAUGUUGUGGUUGUUGAAGAUGGUAGUGAAGUAGGCCUACAGACGUCAUUCAGACAGUUGCCUGCCAAGGAGGAGAGGUUCUCUGAUUUAAAUCUCUAUUUACUGAUCGCCAUUGUGUCGGUGUCAGUUAUAUUUUUGCUGAGUCUCAUUAGUUUAAUAGUUGUAAAAUGCCACAGGACUGAUAGCGGUUUGAACAAGUACAGCGCUCCAAUGAUCACCACACACCCUGACGGGAGCUGGUCUUACUCCAAAUCUACCCAGCAGUAUGACGUGUGUUUUAGUUCAGACACACUGAAGAGUGACGUUGUGGUUUUCCCCACGCCUUUUCCACCUGCUGAUGCGGAGCUCAUCAGCAUUAAUGGAGCAGACACUUUAAAACGGAACCAAACCCUUCCGAAUAGCACGAAGGUAAGAAAACCAAAGCUGAAUUCUCCUCCUAUUUGA